CCCUCUGGUGGCCGGCGCGCGCGGCCCGGGAAGAAGCGGCAGCCUGGGGACGGGAAGAGGACCGGCGUUGUGGGCUGUUUUCCGGGCUGAGAUGAGGCACACAAAGCCCUGGCGGUGACUACCACCUGCCCUCCGCCCAAUGAAACUGACUGCGAUGAUCAAGAAGAUGUGCCCGAGCAACUCGGAGCUCAGCAUACCGGCCCGGAACUGCUACCGCAUGGUCAUCCUUGGUUCGUCCAAGGUGGGCAAGACGGCCAUCGUGUCGCGCUUCCUCACGGGCCACUUCGAGGAGGCCUACACGCCCACGAUCGAGGACUUCCACCGCAAGUUCUACUCCAUCCGCGGCGAGGUCUACCAGCUCGACAUCCUGGACACUUCUGGCAACCACCCGUUCCCCGCCAUGCGGCGCCUCUCCAUCCUCACAGGAGACGUGUUCAUUCUCGUGUUCAGCCUGGACAACCGCGACUCCUUCGAGGAGGUGCAGAGGCUCAAGCAGCAGAUCCUCGACACCAAGUCUUGCCUCAAGAGCAAAACCAAGGAGAACGUGGAUGUGCCCCUGGUCAUCUGUGGCAACAAGGGCGACCGGGACUUCUACCGCGAGGUGGAGCCGUCCGAGAUCCAGCAGCUGGUGGGCGACGACCCCCAGCGCUGCGCCUACUUCCAGAUCUCGGCCAAGAGGAACAGCAGCCUGGACCAGAUGUUCCGGGCGCUCUUCGCCAUGGCCAAGCUGCCCAGCGAGAUGAGCCCGGACCUGCACCGCAAGGUGUCCGCGCAGCACUGCGACGCGCUGCACAAGAAGCUGCUGCGGAACAAGAAGCUGCUGCGCGCGGGCGGCGGCGACCUGGGCGACGCGUUCGGCAUCGUGGCGCCCUUCGCGCGCAGGCCCAGCGUGCACAGCGACCUCCUGUACGUCCGCGAGAAGGCGGGCGGCGGCCAGGCCAAGGACAAGGAGCGCUGCGUGAUCAGCUAGGACCCCGCCCUCUGCUCCCUGACGAGGACCUUUUGUUGAAGUCAGUCUGUGCGGGCCAGCCCUGGAUGCCCCGGCCACGUGCUGGAGUGUAGUGGCGUCUUCCCUCCCCAGAUCCGGGCCCCCCCAACUGGGGAGGUGAAAACAACUGAGAAGGGCCCGUCAUCUGCUCUGGAAGGAAAGAGAACUGAAUAAUAGUGGGGACCCCCCCCAUUGCCAUUGGCCCCCGCCACCCCGACUGGAGGGGCCACCCCGACUGGAGGGCACAGGUCCAGCAGAGGGUGUUUGCCUGGUUUCUUACAGAGAUCUCAGAAUUGGGAGGGGGGAUGUGUGUGGAAGCCAAUCAGCCAGUUAGGCUCCCAGGAGCCCGUCCUGCCCGCUGAAGGGUUGCCAUGACAGCUGGCAGGAGCCUCUGCCCUCCUGAAACUAAGGGGGUGUGGGUCCAAUCAGCCAAGUGACUUGUCUACGUGAGAAACUGCACCAAGGAAAACAACAAAACAAUUGCACUUUCAUAGUAGUUCCAGUGUCUUGUGAACAUGAACAAAAUUCAGGUGUUUAAGUGUGUGAGACAGUCUCUAGUCAUCGUUACUGUUACUGUUUUGUAUAAAGUAAUU